AUCACCGCCGACGCCUCUGCCUGGAGUUGGGGACGUGGCUACUCUGGGCGCUUGGGUCAUGGCGGCGGAGAGGAUCAGCUUCGACCCAAGAGGAUCGAAGCUCUGGCAGCACAGCGCAUCAUCGCGGUGGCAGCAGGAGGCGACCAUUGCCUCGCCGUCACGGCGGACGGCAAGGUUUAUAGCUGGGGUCGCGGGGAGUGUGGGCAGCUGGGCCACGGCAAGAGGUUGAGCGAGCGAAUUCCCGACACCGAGCCGCUGCCAAGGCGGAUCAUGUCCCUGCGCAAGCAGCGCGUCAUCGCGGUCGCGGCAGGCGGCCUUCAUAGCCUCGCCGUCACCGCCGACGGCCUAGUCUGGAGCUGGGGCGCAGCGGGUGAGGGCAAGUUGGGCCACGGAACUGAGGACAAUCAGAUGCGACCGAAGAAGAUAAAGGAGCUGACAGGGCAACGCAUCGUCGCUGUGGCGGCGGGGCACUACCAUUCCUUCGCACUCUCCGCGGAUGGCAUCCUUUGGGGCUGGGGCCGUGGGUAUGGCGGCCAACUGGGACACGGCGACUUGGUCAUCCCGAGAAACGGCCUCAAGCUUCCGCGGAGGGUCGAGGCAUUUGCGGGGCGGCGCGUGGUCGCUGUGACGGCAGCAGGCAACCACAGCCUCGCACAAACCUCAGACGGUGCCUUCUGGGGGUGGGGCGAGGGGGACAACUUUGCCGUAGGCCAGGGGGAGGACACGUCUAAUAUCGACGCGCCUAGGCAGAUCGAGAUAGUGUAACGAGUAGUGUGUAGGACGCAAGAGACGCUG